GCCUGAUGCAGAAGAGUGUCGGGUUCUUCGGACACUAGUACCGUCCCAGCUCGCGGCGCUCGUAUUCUGUUCGACCCGAUUUUCAGUGAAUACUGUACACCGAUCAAAUUGGCUCUUAAAAGAAUAACCCCCCCUGCCUGUCAAGUAGAGGACCUUCCAGAGAUUGACGCGGUUGUUUUAUCCGUGAGUUCAGUAUAUCGCUUCCUUAUAACCUUGAAUAGCACAACCACUAUGAUCAACAAGUCUACCAUUAGCAAGUUGACUUCGUUACCUCGCACACCUCAUUUCUAUCGCCCCUUAGGGAACCUUGAAACCCUCAAGUCAUUCGGUGUUCCUGAAGACAAGUGCCACAUUCUCGAUUGGUGGGAGAGCCGGAGUCGUGUUGAAGUUUCGGUACCCACAAGGGAGCCUUCCGAAAGUGAAACUAUCUCAGUCAUAUUUGAUAUGACUUGCACUCCAGGCCAACAUAACGUCGGGCGUAACUUCAUGGACAGUUCUUUUUAUUCCAAGUCCCUCUGGUCCGGAUGGGUUGUACCAGAAAUUCUCUCCGAAAACCAACCGACCUCAUCUCCUAAAUCCAUUUAUUUUGCUGGAGAUACUGGCUACAGGGCGGUACUAGACGACCAGAACGAAGUCGAAGUCCCGGUUUGUGAGGCGUUCAAGCAGAUAGGUGAACGUUUCGAUGGUGUUGACCUUGCAAUCCUUCCAAGCGGCGCCACCCCAGCGAUAUAUGUCCCCUAUUCAUCUUUCUCCCAAGGAAAGUGCGUUGGUCUUCAAAGAUAUCAAAGCAGAACACGGCUUGAGAAUGCAUUGGGGAACCUUUGUACUAACGAGAGAACCUAUCAUGGACCCGCCCCAGAAACUCAAGGAAGCCUGCGAGGAAGUCGGUAUCGAAGAGGGGUCCUUCAUCUGCACCAGACUAUGAUUUAUGACUAACAAAUCUCCCGUUCGACGUGAUAAUAGUACCAUUGAGCAGCAUAAGCUUGGUUCAUCCAAAAGACGUGUAGAGCCGUGACCUGAAUAUCACCUCCCUCCACCAGCGUGUCUAUGCCGUGGUCGUCCUCCCUUUUCCUUUCUCUUUCUUUCUUGCUCUUCUUCUCUUGCUCUCGCUCCCCUUUGCCUCGGAUCAAUGACUUCAUAGUCCCUCUCCGCUUUCUGAACCUCUUCCGUAUUAUCUUUCGGGAAAUGCAGCUGGUGUCCAAGAAAUCCUCUGUCAUCGUCGACCUCCAUUCCGG